AUGAAUCAGGCAGAUGUAAGUAAACUGAUGUCACGCCUGAAGAUUAAAUAUAGCCCUGUUAAAAGAAAACUUAAAAAUUCUGAAGGACCUGUGGGAAGGGCGAAAAAAAUUCAGAAAACACUUACGGCGCUUAUAAAGCAUGAACGCAUUGAGUUGAACUUCAAUCGAGCCGAUGAAACUAGAGGUUAUGUGGAGCGGUUGAUCUCAGAUGCUAUCAGAUAUGGGGACUGCCACCGUGCAACAAUGGAACUAGCAGAUUACUGGCUGCUGGAAAAGCAGCUGGUACAUAAGUUGUUCAAGGUGCUGGUACCACGUUUUGAGAACUGCCCCGUCUCAUAUACUCGAAUGUACCGCGCUCCAAGACCCUGUCCUGGCAAUCAUUUUGAAAGGGCAGUUCUUGAGCUCAGAGGCAACCCAUAUCCGUCACUGCUACCAGACACAAUUUCCAACAGAAAUCUGAUACACAACGUUUUGCUGGACGAGGCUCACAAGGAAUACAGGGCACAGAAAUACGCGGAGAUCGCAAGGAAACUGGAAGCAGCUGAUGAGAAUGUGGCCAAGUCCUCUGGUGAUAGUGAUGGUCCAGAAUCCUCAGGCUUAGAAACCCCUGAAGAGAUUAAGGCCUCGACAGAAGCACAGGUCGCCAGCGAAGUACAACCAUCAGGUGAGAAAGUGGCACGGCCCAGCAAGGAUGUGCAGUGA